CGGGUUUCAGUUGCAAAAGAAAAAAAACGAUUUCAAAGAAAGGCUUGUUGUUAUCCUCAGAGCGCCAGUGAACACUCGCUAAACUUUGUUUCGUUUCUGUUGGAUUAACAAUAUCACAAGAUGGGAGCAUGUAUGGCUUUGUGCUCGAUAGCCAGCUGCGCGUCGUGUCUGUGCGGCUCGGCCCCCUGUCUGCUGUCGUCAUGCUGCCCGUCGGCCUACAACUCCACCGUGACCCGGCUGGCCUUCUCCUUCCUCCUGCUGCUUGGGGCGCUGGUCUCGGUCUGCAUGGUCCUCCCCGGCAUGGAGACGCAGCUCAAGAAGAUUCCGGGGUUCUGUGUGGAUGGGGCCAGCAUACCUUUCUCAGACAACAAGGUGAACUGUGAUGUGAUGGUGGGCUACAAGGCGGUGUACCGCAUGUGCUUCGCCAUGGCCUGCUUCUUCUUCCUCUUCUCCAUCAUCAUGAUCCGCGUGCGCAGCAGCAAGGACCCGCGAGCAUCCAUCCAGAAUGGAUUCUGGUUCUUUAAGAUCCUCAUACUGAUUGGUAUUGCUGUUGGAGCCUUCUUCAUUCCAGACGGGAUGUUUACCACAGUUUGGUAUUACUUUGGCGCCGUGGGCUCUUUCUGCUUCAUCAUCAUCCAGCUCAUUCUCCUGGUGGACUUCGCCCACUCCUGGAACCAGUCCUGGCUGCAGAGGGCUGAGGACGGGAACACCAAGGGCUGGUUUGCAGCUCUGCUGUCCUUCACCAUCCUCCACUACGUUCUGGCCUUCACCUCGCUGGUGCUCCUCUACGUCUUCUACACGCAGCCGGACGACUGCACCGAGCACAAGGUCGUCAUCAGCCUCAACCUCCUCUUCUGCAUCAUCGUCUCCAUCGUGUCCAUCCUGCCCAAAGUCCAGGAGGCCCAGCCCAGCUCUGGCUUGCUUCAAGCCUCCCUGAUCUCCCUCUACACCAUGUACAUCACCUGGUCGGCCAUGACCAACAACCCCAACCGCAAGUGUAACCCCAGCCUGCUGAGUUUAGUGACCGACCAAGGCCCCCCACCCACUCCGGCCCCGGGACCAGCGAUCGGCGCCACCGUCCCCCCCCACGAAGCCAUCCAGUGGUGGGACGCCUCGGACGCCGUGGGGCUGGGCAUCUUCCUGUUCUGCACGCUCUACGCCAGCCUCCGCUCCUCUAACAACGCUGCGGUGAACAAGCUGAUGCUGACGGACGAGGGCCAGGGCCUGACGGCGGACUACGAGGCGGCGGUGGGCGACGACGGUGUGCGGCGCGCCGUGGACAACGAGGAGGAGGUCGUCACCUACAACUACACCUUCUUCCACCUCUGCCUGCUGUUCGCCUCGCUGCACAUCAUGAUGACGCUCACCAACUGGUACCUGCCGGACUCAGACUACCAGUACAUGAGGACCGCCAUGCCAGCCGUGUGGGUGAAGAUCUGCUCCAGCUGGCUGGGACUGUCCAUCUACCUGUGGACCUUGGUGGCUCCCGUGAUCCUCACGGACAGAGACUUCAGCUGAGACAGCUGUACUCAAAUACGCACAGCCAAAGCUAGUGCCGCAUCUAAUGCUAUAGCAGCCAGCUAACCACGUGCGUGGUUAAUACAGUUGCCCUUUUAGCUAUUAUUGUUGCCUUUUUCAAGUGAAGUUAGUUGCCAAAGAAUGUUAUUUCACUACAGUUGAAAGUUUGUAUUCAUUUUUAAUCAUUUACAUAUCAUCUUAAAGGACUCGCGCACCAUAACAUAUUUGCACUUUGGAGGGAUCAAAAAUCGGUCUUUUGGCAAAGCUUUUUUUAAUAUGUUCACUUUUAUAUUAAUUAUAUUACCCCGGGAAAAACAAUAAAGUUGUUCGUUGUUCA